AUGGCUGUUCCCGAACAGUUCUCGCUUCGAUGGAAUGAUUUCCAUUCGAAUUUGUCACAAUCGUUUCAUGCCUUGCUGGAAGGUGAAGACUUGGUAGAUGUGACCCUGGCCGCUGGUGGCCAGUACGUGCACGCUCACAAACUGAUCCUGUCAGUAUGCAGCCCUUACUUCAAGGAACUUUUUAAGAUGAACCCAUGUGAACACCCCAUAGUAAUAUUGAAAGACGUGGCACACCAAGAACUGCGCCAGCUGCUUCAGUUUAUGUACCGUGGUGAGGUCCACGUGCGUCGCCAAGAGUUGUCUGGCUUUCUUCAUACUGCUGAGCUUCUACAAGUGAAGGGACUGACCGGGGGUCGGGAGAGAAGCGAGUCUCCGACUGGCAUGGCAGAGGAGCCCCCGAAGCCUACGCCACUACAACAGGAGAUAGCCGACCAGCCUGCCGAUUGGAACCCCGUGGUGGAAGACACUACCUCCUCGGAGCCUCCACCAGAACCCACCGACACAGUCACCAUCAAGGAGGAGGCUGCCCGGAGCCCACUGAAGAGAUUAUUGAAGAACACCCCAACCAAGAACAGCCACAGCACCAAGAAGAAGCCGCGCACCAUCAAGGACUCGCCCACUCACCCCGAAAACACCGACUUCCCUUACGACGGCGAACCGCUGAUUGACUUCGACAACGACCUGUUUCACAGCGUGCUUGUGCUGCCCGAGUCUGCCAAGGAGUCUGCAGGUUGGAACUGCAAGACGGGGGGCGUAAAGUGUCCGUCGUGCCACCGGUACUUCGCGAACCGGUACAACCUGAAGGUGCACAUUCGAGACAAGCACGACACUCGCGAGGGCACGCUGCAGUGCGACAUCUGCCAGAAGCGCAUGCGCAACCCAUCGUGUCUGCGCGUGCAUAUGUACCAUCAUCGCAAGCAGGCCGCCUACCUCGCGCAGCUGAGCACGCAGGGAGAACCCAUGAAGAUGCAGAACAUGGUCGGUGGAGGCAAGUGGCGCUCCGACUCAUCCAUGAGCAGCGGAGACUUCAAGGAUGUCGAUAAUUUCUCACCUGGAACUACUCCGGAAUCGAACAAGGCGUUCCUCGCGCAACUUGGGCAAAACGAGGUGAUGAGGCAAGCUUUCUCUACGUCGACACCGGAGGCGAAGUGCGCCCCCGAGGCGAACAACGUGUCCAGCGGCCCCGAGUCGGGCAAGCUUCCUGAAUCCGUGGUACCCAAAACGGAAGCUGAUUCUGAAACUGUAUGA